AUGCCAAUGCCAAUUUUUCUGCUCGUCGGCCACCGAGGCAAGAAGGCAGGAGCAACUCACGAUGACUGCUUCCCACAACAAACACGUCACUCUCAAUCACUGCUUGCCACUUCUACCUCAUCUGCAGUCAAGCUUUUGGGUGCCUCUCGGACACUCUCCGACAACGUCACUUGGCAUCACUUGGCGACUGAAAUCACUUGGCCAUGGACGGCCUUGUACCUAGAUCUGGGAUCUGUUGAGAAGCGCCGAUUCAAGUGCCAUGACGAAUCUUGCCACAGCAUGCGGCGCACGAGAUGGCGCUGGAGGCAAGAACCUUGCGCAAUGUUCGUCAGAGACAGGGCGGCCUCCCGUAUUGGUGAUUCACAUGGUGACUCGAUUGUGUCUAGGAAGCGCUCCCUUGUGACCAUUAUUGUUCCGUUAGGGACGACGUGCACCACGGUCGUUCUGUCUGCGUUUGAGCCGCCUCGCGACGGCAACAGCGAGGGACCAUGCAAGGUGAGGGACCCUGUCGACCUUACAGGUUACAGUCGUCAGAUUCUUGUGCCAAGAUCAGGCUACUUUCACAAAUGUGUACGGCAGCACAGCAGAAACACAAUCUGUGACAAUUUUGGCUUGGACAGCAAAUGGUAUUUUUGGCACCCAAAGCCUCCAGUAGCUGCUUCCCCAGGUUUCGUUCUUGGGCUUGUGCGUCUCAUCGAGGUCGUUCGCCCCAUCCUAGGGGGACCACCUGAUAUCCUUGUCCCCAGCGCAACCAGGUGA